GGACAGAUUGCCACAGUGGAGACGCGCAAGGCAGUUAAUGGAUCUUGAAAUUGGUUGUCUUCAGCGGCGACGAUGACGUUGUGCCUGGGGACCUGUCCGUCUGUGCUUGCCGCAACGGAGCUACUCUUUUACCGAGGCCGGCCGGGGGACUGGGGAAGGUUAUGAGGGAGUUGUGGACUGAUCUGCCAGUAUUGGUGCAGGGGUUAGCAACCUUCACACGACCACUGGGUGGCCAUCUGAGAGAUGCGACUGGAGCGCGUUUGAAGGGUAAAUGCCACAUCCCCCGCACAAUUCCUCCGUCUCUUGUUUACUUCUCAUCUCAAUACGACUUAAUGACCAUCAUCAGUAUAUCAACACUGCCAUAGUCCUAUAAUAAUUAUAACUUUGCCAAUAACUCAUCAUGGUCUCCACGCGCCAACACCCCAAGGACUUCCCUGAGCCUGAUCUCAGUCCAGUGAAAGCCUCACCGCGCACAACGCGCAAAGCCAAAGCUGCGUGGGCGCAUACCCCAUCGAACCUCGUCUUAGUCUGGCUCGCCAUUUCUCUACCGCUCGUCCUCUGGGACGCUGGUUAUGUCCUUCUUCGCCCGCACUCCAUGCCGGGCGGGAAGUAUCACUGGCCGCUUUGGGUGCCGUACGAGCUAUAUGGCAAGACGGACUAUAUUUAUGGUUGGAAGGCGUAUAAUGAGAAGAACGGCUUUACUGCUGCGCAGACUGUCAUGAACCUGAUUGAGACUGCCGGGUACUUCACCUACCUCUGGCUCAUCUUGAACUUUGGAAAGCAGUCAGUGGCGCACGGCCGCGGUGCGCCCAAGAACGCGGGAUGGUUGGGACAGCAGAGGACAUUGACUGGAGAGAAAGCUGCAUGCGCUGCCCUUGUGGGUUAUAGCUCGGCGAUCCUUACCUUGGCCAAGACGAUGCUGUAUUGGCUUAAUGAAUACUACUCCGGCUUCGAGAACAUCGGCCACAACACCUUGCCAGACUUGAUUCUGCUCUGGAUCAUUCCCAACGGCGCUUGGCUCGUCCUUCCGACUUACAUAUCGUACGUUAUGGGAAGUGAGAUCUUCGAGGGCCUGGCCAUGGCAGCUGGAUCUGCAAAUGACAACGGAAAGAGCGAGUAAGGUUUGUAACGACUCUCGACGCUGGAAUCAUGAUGGGGUAUAGAUACGGAUACCCAUACGUAUAAUUUCUUAGACACGAGUUUGAACUUCGGGUGGGUGGUAUAUAUUUAUGACGAAUAAUGUAAAGGUGGAGUCUUGGAUUUACCACUCGAGGCAUAGAUUUCGAGAGAGGCGCCCUAUGCUCCGAAUGCAUCAGGGUUGCAAGUUUUAUUGGUAUAAAUCUGCUGGGUCAGAAGAUUGUUCAAAUAAUUGCGUUCUUAAAUACACCGGCCAGUUGUUUACGAUGCAUUGCUGAGACAGCAAUAAUAAUAAUACUUCAAAGAGAUUUCAUUCUUUCCGAUCCUAACAGCCAUUCUAGCAUUAAACAGCCUUGCAAUUUGCUAUGGGCAUAAAACGAACUCAACACAAAACGAUCAUUCUGAUGCCUGUUGCCUGCCACCUCCAG